UUCUCCCUGGGGUCCAGCUUGCAGUAGUGGGUGGUCUUGCCUCCCUCUCUCUCCAGACUCCUCUCCCACUCACCUUCCUCUAGAUCACACCCGCCCCCCCUGCCCUUUCUGACCUCCCUUUGGAGGGCUUGGCUUCUCCAAAGGGGAUAUGUGGGAGACACAGUUCCCGGUCCUGCUGCUUCUUCAACUGCUGAGGGCGGUUCCAGUGGAGACCUCAGGGCCUGGGGCAAAGGCCCAGGUGGUGUGGGCCCAGGAAGGGGCUCCUGUCCAACUCCCCUGCAGCCCCACGCCUGCCCUGGAGGAGCUCAGCUUUUGGCGAAGCGCAUCAGUCACCUGGAAGCAUGAACCAGACAGAGCCCGCCGCUACACAGUGCUGAGGGUGGCCCCGGGAGGCCUCCGCAGCGGGCAGUUGCCCCUGCAGCCCCGCGUGCAGCUGGCGACGCACUCCCUCCAACGCGGGGACUUCUCGCUGUGGCUGCGGCCAGCCCGGCGCAGCGACGCGGGCGAGUACAGCGCCACGGUGACCCUCAGGGACCGCGCCUUCGCCUGCCGCCUCCGCCUGCGCGUGGGCCAGGCAGCCGUGACCGCCAGCUCCCCAGGACCUCUGAAGACCCAGGAGUCCGUCGUCUUGCACUGCUCCUGCAGCCGCCCUGACCUCCCGGCUUCAGUGCGCUGGUUCCGAGGCCCAGCUCAGGUCGCUGUCCAGAAGUCCAGCCGACACCACCUGGCGGGCAGCUUCCUUUUCCUGCCUCAGGUCGGCCCGGCAGACUCUGGGCCCUGGAGCUGCUCCCUCACCUACAGAGAUGGCCUCCGAGUCUCCGCCACGUACAACCUCACGGUUCUGGGUCUGGAGCCCCCAGCCCCGCUGACAGUGUAUGUGGGGGCGGGUUCCAGGGUGGAGCUGCCCUGCCGCCUGCCUCUUGUUGCGGGGACCCAGUCUUUCCUCACUGCCAAGUGGGCCCCACCUGGGGGACGCCCAGACCUCCAGGUAGCUGGAGACCAUGGCAAUUUUACCCUUAGCCUCGAGGCUGUGAGCCAGGCCCAGGCUGGGACCUACACCUGCUCCAUCCAACUGCAGGGACAGCAGCUCCGUGCCACCGUGACCUUGGCAGUCAUCACAGUGACUCCCCAAUCCUUCGGGUCACCUGACUCCCCCAAGAAGCUGCUUUGUGAGGUGACUCCCACGUCUGGACAGGAGCACUUUGUGUGGCACCACCUGAGCGACCAGUCUCGACCAGACUCCCCAGGGCCCUGGCUGGAGAUGGAGAAGGCUGGGCUUCCUUCCCAACCCUGGCAGUGCCAGUUGUACCAGGGAGAGAGACUUCUUGGAUCCAUGUUAUACGCCACAGACUUGUCUGGCCCAGGUGCCCAACGCUCCGGGGGUCCCCAGGGUGCCGUCACCGCAGGCCACUUUCCUCUCUUCCUUAUCCUGGGAAUCUUGCUGCUGCUCCUCGCUCUGACUGGAGCCUUGGGUUUUCACCUGUGGAGACGAUGGUGGCGACCAAGAAGAUUCCCUGCCCUGGAGAACGGGAUUCACCUUCCCCAGGCUCCCAGCAAGACAGUGGAGCUCGAGCAAGAACUGGAGCUGGAACCGGAGCUGGAACUGGAGCAGGAACUGGAGCUACAAGAGCAAGAACCGGAGCCGGCACCAGAGCAGCACUGACCUGGAGCUGAGGCAGUCAAGCUCCACUGCUCAGUCUUUGUCCCCCAUCCCAGCCCCUAAAUAAACUCUCUGUCAGCAGCCAACCUG